AUGGAUGUUCUGGACGGAGGCAGUGAAAGGGGACCUGAGGACUUCAGCGUGGAUAGGCACUUCGGGCAAGACGUGAGGUUUCGCUGGCUAUGGAAUACGGACGAACGGAUUGGUUCUGCGCAAGCUCUGCGUGAAGAUCGAGAAGUCAGAAUUGGACGAAUCGAUAGGGACGUUUUUCAGGAGGGAAUUGAGCGUGGCCUCGCUCAUACUCGUAAUUUACACUCUGAACUCUAUAUUUGUCCACAGAGACCCCAACAUCGUGGGUUUCCUGAUACGCUCCUUCCAAUGGAUAAAGUGCUCAGCGUUGGUGAAGCAUGGGGAUGCGCCUACGCGUUCGACAUCAAUUCAGAGGAUUAUUGA